UGAUCCAUACGGUCCAUUUUGCUCUUCCAUGACUCGAUCUUUGUCUUCACUUUCUCUGACCUCUCGUUUUUGAGCACUUGAAGUCUUGAACCAUCUCUGACUUGAGCUUACUUUCUCUCAACUCCUCCAUCUUUUCUCAUUGGAUCUCUGAAUCUUUCUCUCUGUUAGAAGAGUGGAUAACGAGAAAAGGGAAAGUCACCGAAGAAGGAUAAGGGUUUUUGUGGAAUUAUUCUUUCUGAUUUGUGUCUUGCUUUUUAUUGGGAGAAGGUCAAUCUUCAGAUAAUAUGGGUUUUCUGAAAAAAAUGAUUUAGUCUUGGUUUCUGAUGCUGAAGUAAUAAGUGGGCUUUGAGGAUUUGGUUCUCAAAGAGGAAGAUGUUGGAAGGAGGGCCAAAAUUUCAUGGAAUUAUUGGCCUAAACAAUCAUGAUAACAAUUAUGAUGAUUUAUCACAAGGUUUCUAUCAUAAACUUGGUGAAAAUUCCAAUAUGUCAAUUGACAGUUAUGAUAGCCUGCAAACAAGCAAUGGAGGAAGGUCUGUUGCAAUGUCCAUAGAAAGUAUUGGGUCAAAUGAUUCUCACACCCGCAUAUUGAAUCACCAAGGACUGCGGCGGCAUGCUAAUGACAACUAUUCUGUUCAACGGAGUGUUAACCGUAACGGAAGAGUCACACGUGCUUUCAAUAAUGAUGCACUGGCCCAUGCACUAAUGGAUAGCAAUUCCCCUACUGAGGGGCUUGAGAAUUUUGAUAAUUGGACCAUUGAUUUGAGGAAGCUUAAUAUGGGGGCGGCUUUUGCUCAAGGAGCUUUUGGGAAACUCUAUAGAGGAACUUACAAUGGUGAGGAUGUUGCCAUCAAAAUCUUGGAGAGGCCAGAAAAUGACCAAGAAAUGGCGAAGUUGAUGGAGCAACAAUUUCAGCAAGAAGUUAUGAUGCUGGCCACAUUGAAGCAUCCCAACAUUGUUCGAUUUGUUGGUGCCUGUCGGAAACCAUUGGUGUGGUGCAUAGUUACAGAAUAUGCGAAAGGAGGUUCAGUGCGCCAGUUUUUAAUGAAGCGUCAGAACAGGGCAGUGCCUCUGAAAUUGGCAGUCAAGCAGGCCUUGGAUGUUGCAAGAGGAAUGGCAUAUGUUCAUGGGCUUGGUCUGAUUCAUAGGGAUUUAAAGUCUGACAAUCUUUUGAUUUUUGGUGAUAAAUCUAUUAAGAUAGCUGAUUUUGGUGUUGCUCGCAUUGAGGUGCAGACUGAAGGAAUGACACCAGAGACAGGGACAUACCGCUGGAUGGCACCGGAAAUGAUCCAGCACAGGCCCUACACACAAAAAGUGGAUGUCUAUAGUUUUGGGAUCGUUUUGUGGGAACUCAUCACAGGAAUGCUUCCUUUUCAGAAUAUGACAGCAGUACAGGCUGCAUUUGCGGUCGUGAACAAGGGUGUCCGUCCUGUCAUUCCCAAUGAUUGCUUAACUGCUCUUGGUGAGAUUAUGACCCGUUGCUGGGAUGCAAACCCUGAUAUUAGGCCGCCUUUCAUCGAAGUUGUGCAAAUGCUCGAGAAUGCAGAGACCGAGAUCUUGACCAGUGUCCGCAAGGCUCGUUUCAGAUGUUGCAUGAGCAUACCAAUGACAGUGGACUGAUUUCCUGAAGGGGAAAGAAACAUAAUAAUAAUAAUAAUAGGACAUAAGAAUGGAGAGAGAAGAAGAAAAUGGAAAAGGAAAGGGAGGCUGGAGGAGGUGAUUACUGAUGUCUUUUCAGCAUUGUGUAUUUAUCAGGUUUAAUUUCCUUAUUAAAAUAGAGAAAGAAAAAAUAUGACGAGAAAGUGUUCAUUCCUUGUCUA